AUGAUGGCCAUGGACGCCAAGCAGCCCUUCGCCGUGCCCGCCGCCCUCCAGGAGCCCAAGUUCCCCGGCCUGCACGCCGGCAGCGAGGCGAUGCGCAGAGUUUGCCUCCCGGCCCCGCAGCUGCAGGGCAAUAUAUUUGGGAGCUUCGAUGAGAGCCUGCUGGCCCGCGCCGAGGCGCUGGCGGCCGCGGACAUCGCCCCCCACGCCAAGGGCCACCACCUGCACCCUCACUUCAAGCCCGACGCCGCCUUCCACGCCAUGAGCGGCGUCCCCUGCGCCGCCGCCGCCCUCCCGCACCCCGCCGCCCUCGCCGCGCACCCGCACCCGCUCCCGCACCCGGCGCUGGACGGCGCCGACCUGCUGGAGCACCUGUCGCCGUCGGAGCGCAAGCGCCGGCGGACCUCGAUCGCCGCGCCCGAGCGGCGCUCGCUGGAGGCGUACUUCGCGCUGCAGCCGCGGCCCUCGGCAGAGAAGAUCGCGGCCAUCGCCGAGAAGCUGGACCUCAAGAAGAACGUGGUGCGCGUCUGGGGGGCUCCGGCGCCCGCCGCGGACCCGCGGGAGCUGGAGGCGUUCGCCGAGCGCUUCAAGCAGCGGCGGGUGCGGCUGGGGGUGACCCAGGCCGACGUGGGGGCGGCGCUGGCGGCGCUGAAGCUGCCGGGCGUGGGCUCGCUCAGCCAGAGCACGAUCUGCCGCUUCGAGUCGCUGACGCUGUCGCACAACAACAUGACGGCGCUGCGGCCGGUGCUGCAGGCCUGGCUGGAGGGCGCCGAGGCCGCCCGGCGCGCCCGCCCCGGUGCACUGACCGCCCGGCCCCGACACCCGGGACGGGACGGGGAGGGACGGGACGGACCGCCCUGA